UUCCCAGCCCCUCAGGCCGUCCAUAGCAAGACGUUCACCGCCGGGCCACUUGAUGGUUCAAUGACGGUCCCCGAACUGCUCGACCUUCAGCGUACCCAGAGUCCCAGACAUCCCGUCUAUGUUUAUGACAACCCUGAAGGCGAUAUCGUUACGAUAUGCAUGGAUCAGUACGUCCGAACUGUCCACCAGGCCGCAAAACUUGUGCAGAAGCAUGUUGGAAGUAUCUGUGGCCCAGGACAUGAAGGUCCGGUUGUCAUUGGGUUAUUUGCUGCCGUCAAUCUCUCAGACAGUAUCUCGUAUUGUAUGAUGAUGAACGCCGUUGUGCGGGCCGGCCACAUUCCAUUCGCGAUUUCUACUCGGAACGGUGCUACCAGUCUCGCUCAUCUCUUCUCAGUCACGGACACUCUCCUGGUCUACACUUCUACAGACUCUAUAGUUCAGAACCUCGUCGCCGAUGCAAACGAGAAACUGUCUGGAAUUAAAGAGAAGAAUAUUGCUUCUUUCUCCAUUCCGAUGUUUGGCGACUUUCAAGCCGACUUGGAAAAUGUGUCCCUUCUCCCGCCCCUACUUCCACCGUCAAUGUCGAGUAUUGCAAUAAUACUUCACUCUUCUGGUAAUGUAAUCUGGCUGUCCCAUAAAACCUACUUUCAGUGGAGCAUCCUGCCUUGUUUCGGAGAAAGGGAUUUAUGUGGGGAAACCAUGGCUUGCCAAUCUAUUCCUAUUUUUCAUGGCAUGGGAGCGUGUCUGACUUGCUGGCCGGCAUCGGUCGGCAUUGUAGGGGCCUUCUUUCGCCCAACAGUUCCACCAAUGGCGUACGUGACAUCUCUGUCCAGUUUAUAUUCAAUUUAUUUCUCACAGUCUGGAGUGAUUGCGACGAAAUGUACUGUCCUCUUUUGUGUACCGGUUUUCCUCGAGAUGUGGAGUAAGGAUGCACAAGGGAUGGAAAUGCUCAAGGCCAUGAAGGUCGUCGUAUUCGGAGGUGCAUCCCUGGCCAAGGAUGUUGGCGAUUCCCUCAUUGAGAAAAAUGUCAACCUCACACAAUUUUAUGGAGCUAUAGAGACUGGGUGUUUGACGCCGUAUCUACCGCUAAAUUCUCUAGGGCAGGAUUGGGAAUAUUUUAGAUUCAGCGAGCACUGCCGGCCAGUUCUGACCGAGCAAGAAGACCUGAACCUGGACCGCGUCUACGCUCUGACUCUCGUCGAGAAUGCAACUCAUACUCCAUGCUUCAUCAACACGGCUGUCGACGGGACGCCCGCAUACACGCUCAGUGAUCUCUUGCAGAGACAUCCAGAAAACCCGUCCAGAUGGAGGGUCUUUGGUAGAACUGACGAUCUUGUCGUGCUCUCGAAUGCCCUCAACAUCAAUCCUGUUCCGUAUGAAUCUCUGUUGCUCAAGCAUCCUAGUAUCCAUUUCGCCGUCCUAUUUGGUCGGGGACGCACUCGUCCGGGCAUAUUGGUGCAGCUCAAGCCUGAAUUCCAGUUCAGUCCCACGGACUUUAGACGAUUGGAGGAGUUCCGCGAGUCCUUCUGGGCCACAGUCGAGAAGGCCAAUACGCAAGUACAAUCACAUUCCCGGGUUACUCGCGACAUGAUCCUGGUUGCCUCUCCUGAGAAACCAUUCGAUUUAACUGCCAAAAUGCAGCCGAGGAGAAACGUCGUGCUCGAAACGUAUCAGAUGGAGAUUGAUUCCGCGUAUGGGACCUUGGAAGACCACUCUGUGGCUGAGAUACAUAUCCGCGGACUUCCCUCCUCACAGCCUUCCAACGUGCACCCAUGGUUCUAUGAAGUAGGCUCCUGCUGCUCGCUCCUCGGCCAUCGCUUCUCCUUAGAUCAGAAUCGUAGCUAUCGUGUGAGUACCAUGAAAAACAUCCUUACACGAGCUAGGUACAAAUUGACUUUACCGGACAGGACAGAUCUCUGCUCAGACGCUACUAGCGUCACGACUAGUAGUCGUAUUUCCGAACGUCAAUCGCGGAUCGCUGACAUGUGGUCUUUGAUAGAAAAAUACAGUACUGGUUUUCCUACCCACUGCGGUGCCACCGACAUAUCGACCGGCGACAACAUAUCACCUCUCGAUACUAUCCUAGUGGUAGGUACACGCGGUGGGCUGGGAUCGAACAUACUCGCCCUCCUAUUGGAAUCGCGAGCUGUUCGGCGAGUCUACUCCUUGAACCGAGUACGCCUAGAUGGCAAAACUAGGCAAGAGAGACAAGCGGACGAGUUCGCGUUGCAAGGCUUGAAUGCUUUGCUGGCGUUCUCUUCAAAGCUGACGCUUCUGGUGGGAGAUACGGCACAUCCGACUUUUGGCUUAGACAGCGCCGUCUUCGAAGAGGUCUCAGCCACUGUAACAGCCGUCGUCGUCAAUGGAUGGCUUGUAGAGUUUACACCCCCGCUGUCUGCUUUUGAGCCUCUGAUUGCAGGAGUUCGCAACCUCAUCGACAUUUGUCUAAGAUCGCCGCGCGUACUCCAGCCACAUCUAAUUUUCUGUUCGUCACUCACCAUUCUGCAAGGUCUGACACGCCCCGCAUCUCGUCCGGAGAUAUUUCUUCCAGAUCCGAGUUCGCUUGUGGAGCAGGGAUACGCAGAGUCGAAGUGGGUGGUCGAAACGCUCAUCGAAACAGCCCUUCGUGAAACUCCUCUGCAUGCCACAGUGGCCCGUAUCGGGCAGGUUUGUGGUAGUCCCAAUGGCUUUUGGAAAACGGGAGAAUGGUUCCCCAUGAUGCUGAAGUCCAGUCAAUUCAUGGGGUAUCUGCCUGAAGACUGGGGGAAGGAUAUAACCUGGAUCCCAGCGCGCUUGGCGGCUAUAUCUGUCAUAGAACUCCUCGGUUCGAAGGUCCCCAUUGCUCAUAUCGCCCAUCCCAACCCCGUUUCUGGGACACUCGUCAUGGCCAGCAUCGCUAAGGAUCUUUCGCUGUCACUGAUACCUCGCUUGGACUGGCUUCACCGACUCGAAACAAGCAUCACCUCACCCCAGACGAACGACGAACGGAGGAAGAACCCUGCCAGUCGUCUUCUGCCAAUGAUGCAUCAUAUCAUGUCUACACCGAAACGCGAUGGUUUCGCUGCGUUCGAGAUGCCGGUCGUCUCUACAGAGAUGGCUAUCCUAGCUUCCGCUACCUUGAGGAACGCACCCCCGAUAUGUAAGGAGGAUGUAUUACUGUGGUUAGAAUGUUGGCAGAACGCGAAGUUCUUGGACAGACCUGUGAAUGCGCGCUUGUAA